GUAUGUCAACAGAGGUUAAAGAUAGCCUGACACAUGGGGUAAAAGUGGUAAGACUCAGGGAGAAACUUGAUGUCUUGACAUCAUAGUUGGAAUCGCAAUCUGGCUUUGACCCUCGUCAGUGAGAAGAGGCAGUCAGGAUCCAGUGGUGAAGCUGUGAGGUUGGAAAUCUGACGGAGCAUCAUGCACACCAUCAAAUUAUAAUUCACAGAGGAGGUAGUCUUAUUCAUAUUCAACAAUGACCGGGCUCUCUGAGACAUCUCUUGACCUUCAGGACACAAAGAGAAUACAUAACGCAUGGAAAUCCAAAAUACAUAACUUCAUCCACAGUCCAUUACCAUGGAGGAAAAUCAACAGACAAGAAACAAAUCAAACAAGCCUGCUGGUAGAAUCUUUUGAGGCACUCCUUUCCCAGAAAUGUGGACACACAGCAUUUCGGGACUUUCUGAAAUCAGAGUUCUGUGAGGAAAAUCUGGACUUCUGGUUCGCCUGUCAAGAGUUCAAAAACUUCGACAGCCCAGAGGAGCUGAAACAGAGAGCAGCAAGUAUUUAUGAAGAGUUCAUCAGGGCCGAGUCUUCCAAACAGGUAAACCUAGAUUUCUACACAAGAGAGAUCAUCAGCCAGAGUCUCCAGCAACCAAGUUCAUCAUGCUUUGUCAUGGCAGAGAGGAAAAUCUACAGCCUGAUGGAGAAUGGCUCCUUCCCACGCUUCAUUCAAUCUGAACAAUACAAAGUCUUAUUUGAUGCAGCUUCUAAGCCUGGGAAGCACAGAAAGGCCUUGAAGAUAAAGAGCACAGGAGCUCUAAUACAGCACGAUUCAAAACCAAUCAUUCUGCAGAGUGAACUCCAUCUCUUGCACAAGGACUGAAAUCAUGCAUGUUGAUGGUGUCAAGUGUUGCACAGACACAGGGUCAGGAUCUGCUUUUGGCAGACACAAUGCAAUCACUUCCCCUUGCCUCAAAAUGUCCCCUCAAUAACAUAAUGUGAGACAAGACUAUAAGCUGUGCCAGUGCACUGGACAUAUAACAUACUGCAGGCAGUGCCAUCUGGUGCACAUUGAACACUGGACUUUAUGUUUUGAAUGUAACCCUUAAUAUUUCUGGGACUCUACAAGUGAAAUGCACAUGACUACAGGACUCUAUUUAGUGAGUUUGUGCUUGAACAAUAUUUAUACAAAUGUGAAUGAUUUUGACAUGUAUGCAUCAUGAAGCAUGAUGAUGAGCAAUGCUACAGGAUUUAUUUUGGGGUAAACUCAUACAAGAGCUCCUACACUGAACAAGACGUCAUGGUCACCUGGAUGUCAUAAAAAUCCAUCCUUUGAAAAGUUGAUGUACUACUGCCACCCAGUGGUGAGUGGGUUAACGACAUCAAUUCAAUCUUAUUUCAAUAGUGAUCUAACUGGUCUCAAUCUUUGCAGAAAAAUGGUUUCUAAAGGUAUAAAUAAAAUAACCUUUUAGGUAAUAAUGAUAUUUAUUAUUAUCCAUACUUUAUUUGUGUAGGCUAAUGGUGAUUAUUUAUUGUAUUAUUAUUAUUUAUUAACUCCCUAUUUAAUUUUCACUUGUCUGACACUGACACUCAUAAAGACACUCAGUGGUGUAACCAGCAGCAACACUGAAUAAAUAGAGGUUUUCUCUCAAAUGUAACCUGUUGUAUAUCAUUUAUCUUCCCCAAUUCCCACAAAUUCUAGACCUUUAGUCCAUUUGAAAUCACAUGACUAAAAUCAGCUCCAAUAAAUAUUUCCCUUAUUUGUCA